GGCGCCGGGGCCUCCCCCAUGCAGCCGCUGCCCGGGUCUCCAGCGAGCGCCGCCUGCAUUCUAAACCCCCCGAGCCGGCUUGUGAUCACCAUGGCUGCAGUGGAUCGAUUCUCCCUCUUGUACAGAGAAAUCAGUCGCUCCUGCAGUUUCUAUCUAGAAGCCCUGGCUGUUGUUGGAGCUUGGUACACAGUCAGAAAGUGUGUGUCUCUGGCGCUGGACACUUACAGCGCGCUCAGGCUGCACGUUAUCCCAAAGCUGAGGGGGGAGAUUGAUCUUGUCAAGAAGUAUGGGAAGUGGGCUGUGGUCACAGGUAGCACAGAUGGUAUUGGGAAGGCUUAUGCUGAACAACUGGCAAAGCAUGGUGUCAACAUCAUCUUAGUCAGCCGAAACAAAGAGAAGCUGGAGGCUGUAUCCAGGAGCAUAUCUGAAACCUAUAAAGUGGAAACAGAUUUCAUAGUAGCUGAUUUCAGCAAGGGGCGUGAGCUUUACCCAGCCAUUAAGGAGGCUCUGAAAGACAGAGAAAUUGGGAUUUUGGUGAAUAAUGUAGGAAUAUUUCAUGCCUACCCAGACUGUUUUACUAAUCUGUGUGAGGAUAUGCUAUGGGACUUGAUCCAUGUAAAUAUUGCUUCUGCUACCAUGAUGACACAUAUUGUGCUGCCAGGCAUGGUAAAGAAGAAGAAAGGGGCAAUUGUGAACCUUUCUUCAGCAUCCUGUUGUCAGCCAACACCAAUGUUGACAGUCUAUGGAGCCUCUAAAAGCUACUUGGACUAUUUCAGUAGAUCACUACAUCAUGAGUAUGCCUCCAAAGGAAUUUUUAUUCAGAGUCUACUGCCAUUUGUGAUUUCUACAAAUAUGACAGCAUUCAGUAGCACUAUUUCAAAGAGAUCUAUCCUUUUUCCUACUGCUGAAGAAUAUGCAAGUCAUGCUGUUUCUACUCUUGGGUUAUCCAUAAGGACUACUGGUUACUGGAAGCAUGCAAUACAGUUUACGCUGGGCGAGUGCCUGCCGGAAUGGAUGUGGGCGUGGUUUGCGCUCUAUUUGGGCAGAAUUCUGCGCAAGGAAGCUUUGGCAGCCAAAGCCAAAUAGGAGUAGCUCGAUGUCCCAUGAGACAAUUCUGAUCUCAGUGUUGCAAAAAUGUUUAAUGAACCUUGGAGCACUUACUGUAACUUAUCCAUACCAUGUUAAGGAAGCUGCGUAACCUAGAACAGAAGUCUGGAUCCUCUCUGUAUCCUUGUAUUAAAUAACUCCUCUGCUGCUUUCCUUUA